AUGGCGGCGGCGGCUCACACUUGUGCAGGUAGCGUGCCAGGCAUCUCGUGCGACGUGCGCGUGACCGUGAAGCAGAGACGCAGUGAGCCGCGGCCGGGACCAGGCGUCAGGAUUCGCCCCCUGGUCUUCCCACGUGACGCUCAGCCUGCCACACAGACACACAACUGGGUCCGAGUCCCCUCCUCCUCAUCUCCAAGUGUGGCGGGCGAAGGCCUCUCCUGUUCUCUUUACGGCUCCCAGUAUGUCGUGAUCAUUGCCUUUGGAUCUCGAUCAAAUGUGAAAACCUACACGUGCCCAAAGCCAGCUGCCCGAUCUGUGAGUGUUGCUGAGAGAUGUGCAGUUACAGCCAGUGAGAAGCUCCCUUGUGGAGGGUCUUCAUCCAUCACUCAAGCUGACUGUGAAGCCAACAACUGUUGCUACGAUUUGAGCAGCAGCACCAGUCCAUGCUACUAUGCCAAUGAUGUGACUGUGCAGUGCACCCUGGAUGGCCAGUUUGUGGUGGUGGUGUCUGAGAAUGUGACCCUUCCUCCCCUGGAUCUGGGGUCCCUCCAGUUGGUGGACAGCAGUUACCCCAGCUGCAACCCUGUGACCAGCCUGUCCAGCUUUGUUAUGUACCAGUUUCCAGUCAGUGCCUGUGGCAGCACAGUUCAGCUGUCUGGUGGCAAUGUGACCUACCAGAACACCAUGUCUGCUGCCAUCACUGUGAGGAGUGGUCCAGAGGGCUCCAUCACCAGGGACAGUGUCUACAAGUUGUUCUUCCAGUGCACCUACUCGGGAAGCCAGGAUGUGCAAGUGGAGGCUGAGGUGUAUACUGUGGCACCACCUCUUCCAGUAGUAGAGCAAGGGCCAUUUGACUUGGAAUUAGUCAUUGCUACAGAUUCCUCCUAUGGCUCCUGCUAUGUGGAUGCUGACUACCCAGUGACCAAAACUCUGAGGGAUCCUGUGGCUGUGGAAGUGCACAUUGUGAACAGGACUGACCCGAACCUUGUGCUGACUCGUGGGGACUGCUGGGUCACCCCAGGACCUUCUGCUUCCAGCCAGCCCCAGUGGAGCCUUCUGGUGAAUGGGUGUCCAUACACAGGGGACAACUAUUUGACCAGCUUGGUGACGGUGGACAGCACCUCUGGAGUGGCCUACCCAAGUCAUUACAGGAGAUUUGUGUUUGAGAUGUUUGCUUUUGUGGAUCCUGCAGCUCAGCAAGCCUUGGCUGAAAAGAUCUUCAUCUACUGUGUUGCUGCUGCCUGCUAUCCCUCUGCCACAGACCCCUGUAGUCAGAGCUGCCCUGCAAGAAGUGAGUAG